CGAGCGGAGCCGUUAGCGCCGCGCCGCCGCCGCCCUCCCGCCCCGGAGCAGCCCCGGGCCCGCCCGCCCGCGUCCAGAUUUUUAAGAAAUACAAUGUCUAAUGGUUAUGAAGACCACAUGGCCGAAGACUGCAGGGAUGAUAUUGGGAGAACAAAUUUAAUUGUCAACUACCUCCCUCAGAACAUGACCCAGGAUGAAUUACGAAGUCUGUUCAGCAGUAUUGGUGAAGUUGAGUCGGCAAAACUCAUUCGGGAUAAAGUAGCAGGACACAGCCUGGGCUAUGGCUUUGUGAACUACGUGACAGCAAAGGACGCAGAGAGAGCGAUAAACACUCUGAAUGGCCUGCGGCUCCAGUCAAAGACUAUUAAGGUGUCGUAUGCUCGCCCGAGCUCCGAGGUCAUCAAAGACGCCAACUUGUAUAUCAGCGGCCUCCCGAGGACCAUGACCCAGAAGGACGUGGAGGACAUGUUCUCACGGUUCGGGCGAAUCAUCAACUCCCGGGUCCUUGUGGACCAGACGACAGGUUUGUCCAGAGGGGUUGCGUUUAUCCGGUUUGACAAACGGUCGGAAGCAGAAGAGGCAAUUACCAGUUUCAAUGGUCAUAAACCCCCAGGUUCCUCCGAGCCCAUCACAGUGAAGUUCGCUGCCAACCCCAACCAGAACAAAAACGUGGCGCUGCUCUCCCAGCUUUACCACUCACCGGCCAGGCGGUUCGGGGGCCCUGUCCAUCACCAGGCGCAGAGAUUCAGGUUCUCCCCCAUGGGCGUAGACCACAUGAGCGGGCUCUCUGGCGUCAGCGUGCCGGGCAGCGCCUCCUCGGGCUGGUGCAUCUUCAUCUACAACCUCGGCCAGGACGCCGAUGAGGGCAUCCUCUGGCAGAUGUUCGGCCCCUUUGGCGCCGUCACCAAUGUGAAGGUGAUCCGCGACUUCAACACCAACAAGUGCAAAGGCUUUGGCUUUGUGACAAUGACAAACUAUGAAGAGGCCGCCAUGGCCAUCGCCAGUCUGAACGGCUACCGCCUGGGGGACAAAAUCUUACAGGUUUCCUUCAAAACCAACAAGUCCCACAAAUAACUCGCUCCUGCUUCUUUUGUACGGAAUAGAUAAUUAAGAGUGGAGAAGUUGCAACUUUUUUGUUAGUGUACAACUCAUUUUGCGCCAAUUUUCACAAGUGUUUGUCUUAGUCUAAAUGAGAAGUGAAAAGGUUUUUAUACUCUGGGAUGCAACCGACAUGUUCAAAUGUUUGAAAUCCCACAAUGUUAGACCAAUUUUAAGUUUCUUAAGUUAUUUCCUUAAAAAUAUAUAUUAAACAGAAAUCUAAGCAGACUGCAUUGACUAACCAGUCCCUCGGGCCGGUGGUGAAGCUGGAGCGUGCUUUCCCCUCUGAGACUGUCUAACGCUGGUUUCAUCCGGGGUCUCCGCAACGGGAUAAGGAAAGACAGGUGGCCUUUCAGUUUUCGUUUUUAAACUAAAGAUGUUAGACAGAAGCUGAGUGUGUUUUCUCAGCCCCUUCCACCUUCGGGCGAUUUCUGCUUUGGUUGAUGGGUAACUGCUUCCCCAAGCAGGGUCCCACUGCCAGCUGCUGCUCACUCAGCCCUGGGCCCUGCCGAGGGGUCCCGGCGGUGCCCGCAGGCCUGUCUGAUGUGGGCCAGCGCCAGGGAGGGGUACCACACGCUGGGCCGGGCCUCCAGGGAGGGACACCAACAUGCUUCGUAAGCCCAGGCGCCCGUGGGAACGGACCAAAGAGUUUCAGGGGAACUCAGUAUAUUUCAGAGUCAGAUCCAAGCUGCAGGCCUGCCUGCAGACGCGUCUACGCUGACAUCCUGACCUUCUGCCCAGGCGUUGCAUGCAUGGUGCCCCAUCGGGAUACUUGGUUCACCAUCAUUUCUCCAGUCUCCGCGAACGCGUAAGAUAGCUCUAUUUUUUAAUAACACAUAAACAUUUGAGCAUUGUACUUCUCGCAUCCCUUCUCGUGAGCGCUUGACUCUUGUUUUAGUCAGGUUUUGUUUUGAAGCUUGGCUUUCGUAUGAACACUCAGCAGAAAAGUACUUACUUACCAGUUAUCUAAUAACAGAAAAAAAACCUUUGAUUUGUAGUUUUAAAGAUUAACCCUCAAAAGUUCUCUUCAUAACUGCCUUGACAUUUUGGGUUGUUCUGUUCUGUUAAUUUUCUUUCGCUUUUUUGUGUUUUUUGUUUGUUUUUACUUUUGCAUUUAAGACCAUUAAAUUUGAUUUUGUUUUGCUCAAA